AUGCCCGAGCCCGCCAAGUCCGCCCCAGCGCCCAAGAAGGGCUCCAAGAAAGCAGACACCAAGGUCCAGAAGAAGGACGGCAAGAAGCGGAGGAAGAGCAGGAAGGAGAGCUAUGCCAUCUACGUCUACAAGGUGCUGAAGCAGGUGCACCCCGACACCGGCAUCUCCUCCAAGGCCAUGGGCAUCAUGAACUCCUUCGUCAACGACAUCUUCGAGCGCAUCGCAGGGGAAGCCUCCCGCCUGGCUCACUACAACAAGCGCUCCACCAUCACCUCCCGGGAGAUCCAGACCGCCGUGCGCCUGCUGCUGCCCGGAGAGCUGGCCAAGCACGCCGUCUCCGAGGGCACCAAGGCCGUCACCAAGUACACCAGCGUCAAGUGA